UUAAUUCGUACUCGAUUUUCAACCAUAUUUGACAAUCAUGGCGGCAACAUUGAUUGCAGUGUUAGUGAUCUGUGUGACUACGCUCUCGAAAACGGAGUCUAAAACUACUGAGUUUUCCUAUGUAGAUCAUGUGUUUCAUCCUCUUGAAUUAAUCGAAGAUAAAAUUCAGUUCCAGAAUGAAUUUACUGCGCUCCUUCAAUCACAAGAAUUCUGGGAUUUUACAGAACAGAUAAACAUCAAACGUUCAGUACUGCGAAAAGCAGCACUAACUAAAAAUAGUACCGCUUCUGCGAACGGCACUGAGAGUAAGCCAACACCAGCCGUAGGGAAUGGGCUAUUCAAUUUUAUCGGCUCUCUCUUUGGAAAUGGUAAUACUUCAUCUCCAAACAUUAGUCUAGCUGCUGCUCAGUUAGGCCAGAUAAUAGGAGGAGGAAUCUCACAACUGCUUGCACCCCUGUUGUCUGGUCCCACACCGACUAACAGCUCUCAUCAAAACGAUACUGUCACCGUGGAUAUCAUAAAGACAACACCAAGUGUACCACAUUUAUCAUCGAAACCCUCAAACGGCGGGUUUCUACAAAGCAUCGAAAAUAUUGUGAGCAAUUUUUUACCAAAAAGUAAUGUCACGCCGUCAGAGGAGAUCUUUGGAGGAAUCAGAGAUGCUAUUUCGGAAUCAAAUACUUCAGAUACAUGUAAACAAGAUGCUAUAAUGGUUGCCUAUGGUCUCCAAACUCAACAACCAUGGGCUUUAAAAAUGUUUGACGCCUCAGCAAAGAUCCCCACGGAUUUGCUGAACUUUGAUAUCGUCUGGUCAGGAUCAUACGAUGAAUGUUACAAAGAAGAUGCGGUGGCUGGAUUGUUUCUCCACCCCAGCGUCUAUCUCCCAGCCGUGAAGCCUCGAUACUGUACAGUACAGGUUCAGCUGCCGUUUCCAGGUCUUCCAAAAAGCGCGUUAACAUCGAGUUCAUUGCAGAUUGGUACAUGUUUACCCAAGUCCUGUAGUACUCAGGACACGACCAUUCUCGCUAACCUUCUGUUGAAGUCUCUUCCACUGGGAAAUAUAUCCUUGUCUGCUUCCUUCGCCACAUGUCCACCAACCCCUGACGAAGUACCGUACGAGACUAAGGAUAUAGCCAUGAUAGUUCUGAUGUCAGUUUUGGGUUUUAUUAUCGUUGCUGGUACAGCGUACGAGAUCAUUGCAAUUGAAAUUCCAAAGUUUGUCAACAGUCGGAAGGAAACACACAAUGACACAUUUCCAACAACUGUUGAUAAAAAUGGAACAACGAACGGGAACAUUUACACCCUCAAAGGGAGUGCUGAAUCCCCUCCAGCCUUCAACGAUAAAACAGUGAACAUUCAAAUGUCUAAAGAAAAAAAGGGGGAUACCAGGGAGAAGAAAAAUAUCAUCACCAGAAUCUUGUUAGCCUUUUCUGUGUAUUCUAACGGUAAGAAGAUUUUAAGCACGUCCCAGCCUAAAGGAACUCUUUCUGCUGUUAACGGAAUCCGAUUCCUUAGCAUGUCUUGGGUUAUAUUGGGCCAUACCCUGGGCACUGGAAUUGGAGUCUCUCGUAACGCAGCAAAAUAUGGCCAAGAAUUUUUACAAAGAGCGUCAAGUCAGGCCAUUGCUAAUGCUCUUGUGUCUGUUGAUACAUUUUUUGUCUUGAGCGGACUCUUGACCACAUAUCUCCUCCUGAAAGAAAUGAAGAAAUCUAAAGGACGCAUUAAUUGGUUCCUGUUCUACUUCCAUCGAUACUGGAGACUGACUCCAAUGUAUAUGCUUGUCAUUGGACUAUAUACAACACUAUUAAACCAUGUGAUCUUCGGACCUUUGCGCCCAUCUGUAUCUCCCGGCACAAAAUGUGACGAGUAUUGGUGGAUGAAUCUUCUAUACAUCAACAACUUUGUUGACAAACCAGAAGAUUUGUGUUUGGCGUGGUCAUGGUAUUUGAACAACGAUAUGCAGUUCUACGUAUUGAGUCCACUGAUGAUUGUUCCCUUGUUUUUCAAAGAACUAAUUGGGGUGAUCAUCUCAGUGGCCUUUCUAUUAGCUGUUACUAUCGCCUCUGGGGUGAUUAGUUUUGUCUACAAGAUGCCACCCACACCCGUUGGUGGAGGAGAUGCGAGCACCGACCCUUCUCAUUACUUUGCUUUAUACUACAUGCGACCCUAUUGCCGUAUGGGACCUUAUGUUUGUGGGGUACUCACGGGAUACAUCCUAUACAAAACCAAAAACAAAUGUCGAAUCAACAUUUAUUUGAAUUUCUUCGGAUGGGCAAUUGCUACAAGCUGCGCAUGCGCUGUUCUCUAUGGCCUUUAUGGUGCCCUUAAAGGAGAUGAUCUUCUAAAUGUUGAGGAGUCAGCUGUAUACAAUGCAUUGCACCGAAGCGUCUGGGGAGCAGCGGUGUGCUGGGUCAUCUUUGCAUGUGCAACUGGAAAUGGCGGAUUCAUCAACACAAUACUAUCCUGGAAGGUGUUUGUACCGCUCUCUCGACUAUCCUAUGCGGCUUACUUGAUUCACUUGAUCAUCAUUUACGCCUAUUUCCUCAGUCGUCGGAUGCCAAUCUACAUGACUGACCUGGAACUGGUAUACCUGUUCCUCUCUAAUCUGGUUGUGUCCUACGGUGCUGCCUUCGUGGUGUCGCUUUUGUUUGAGUCCCCUUUUAUGGCCCUAGAAAAAGUUAUCUUCCCCUCAAGAAAUAGAAAAUAAAUUUUCUUGAUCUUACUAUUCCCUAGAAUU